CUGCUGAUUUAGUUUGACCAGACGCCGAGCUGUUGGUCGGAUCCGCAGUCGCGUGCGCAGUAACCACCUGUGCGGAUUAUUCACAGGAGCCGAUGAUGCUCAUCUCAUCUUUUGGGAAUGAUGUUUAAAUGAAGAUCAAUCCUGUUUACGCGAGACUGUUUUUGUGCGCUUUUUUCGUGGACUGUUACAACAUGGACUAAUUGUAUUCAUCACCAUGGGAUUAUUGCAGUUCUUUCUUGCGUUAUUUUGCGUGCCAGCAGUUGCUGCAUACGGAGUGGAUCCAGCGGUUCGGAUCAGCGUGUUCCAGGAGUUCAGCCCAGCUGAAGGUUUUGCAGGUGUAACGCAGGUGCAGGGCUUUCAUGAUGACACAAGAGCUUUUCUUUUCCAAGGUUCGUCCCGCAGCGUCAGGGUCCCAGAUGAAGCUGCAGGUCGAAUGCUGCAGAAACUCAGAGGAAAGAGCGAGUUUACCAUCGCGCUGACGCUCAAACAGGAAAAACUCAAUUCGGGAGUAAUAUUGUCCAUCCAUCGAGGAGAACACAGGUUGUUAGAGUUAGAAAGCAGUGGUCAGAAGAAUGAGGUUCGUCUUCAUUUCCAGGUGAAAGGUCAGCAGACGCACACUGAGAUUUUGCCCUACACGCUUGCAGAUGACCAAUGGCACAAAGUCUCGGUGACUGUCAGCGCUUCACAUGUUGUGCUCUAUGUAGACUGCAACAGGAUCUACGAGCGAGUCGUGGCGCUUCCUCUUAUGGAAAUACCAGAAGACGCUUCUUUCUGGGUCGGGCAGAGAAACAGCGCUCACGGCCUAUUUAAGGGUGUGAUGCAGGACGUUCAGAUCCUGGUGAUGGCUCAAGGAUACAUCACACAGUGUCCUGACCUCAACCGCACCUGCCCGACCUGUAAUGAUUUCCACGGACUCGUGCAGAAGAUCAUGGAACUUCAAGAUAUCUUGGCUAAAACCUCCAGUAAGCUGUCUCUGGCCGAGGAGAAGAUGAAAGGUUUGGAUUCGUGUUAUUGCGAGCGAACCUGCCGUGUGAAAGAUGUGACCUACAGAGAAGAUCAGACCUGGACGGAUGGCUGUAGAAACUGCACGUGCUCGAAUGGAACGGUCCGCUGCGAGAAGAUUUUAUGUCCAUUGCUUGACUGUCCUGAAGGUACGACUGCAGCGUAUGUGCCAGGAAACUGCUGCAAGGAGUGUCAGUCGAUGUGCCUGUUUUCCGAGCAGAUGUUGGUGGAGGGAGAUCGUCGUGCGGUUCAUCAUCCCAGUAGACCCUGUCAGCUGUUCGAGUGCAGGGAUCGCACGAUGCACAGAGUAUCAAACACUGAAGACUGUCCAGAGCUCACCUGUCCUGAAUCUGAACAAGUGACGCUCACAGACCGAUGCUGCAAAGUCUGCAGAGGUCACGACUUUUGCGCUGAAAACAACAUCUGCGCAGAGAACUCAGACUGCAUAAACUUAGACGCAGGAGCCGGCUGCAGCUGUAAGAACGGGUACCGCCCCCUGCGUGAGGACAGCGCAUACUGUGAAGAUAUCGAUGAGUGUGCUGAGGGCAGACACUACUGUCAUGAAAACACACAGUGUAUGAACACAGCCGGAUCCUUCAUGUGCAUCUGUCACACUGGAUUUAUCCGCAUUGAUGAUUACUCCUGCACAGAGCACGAUGAGUGUGUGUCCGGGCAGCACAGUUGCGAUGAGAACGCUUUGUGUUUUAACACCGUCGGCGGUCACAGCUGUUCAUGUAAACCCGGAUAUACGGGCAACGGAACCACCUGCAGAGCUCUCUGUGACGGACGCUGUCUGAACGGCGGCUCGUGCGCGUCUCCGAACAUCUGCGUGUGUCCUCAGGGCUUCAGCGGGCAGAACUGCGAGACGGAUAUCGAUGAGUGCUCUGAAGGUCUGGUGCAGUGCGACACUCACGCCACCUGCGUCAACUUACCUGGAUGGUAUCACUGCGAAUGCCGUGAUGGUUACCAUGACAACGAGGUGUUCACCGCCAACGGAGAGUCGUGUAAAGACAUCGACGAGUGUCGUACGGGACGCAGCACGUGCGCCAACGACACGGUGUGCUUUAACCUCGACGGCGGAUACGACUGCCGCUGUCCCCACGGACACAACUGCACCGGUGACUGUAUCCAUGACAACAAGGUCAAGCACAAUGGACAGAUCUGGGUGCUGGACAAUGACAGAUGCUCUGUUUGUUCGUGCCAGUCGGGUCGGGUCACGUGCAGACGGAUGGUUUGUGAUUGUGAUAACCCAACACUGGAUCUCUUUUGCUGUCCUGAAUGUGAUCCUCGCCUCACGUCUCAGUGUCUUCAUCAGAACGGUCUGUUGAUUUACUCCAGCGGUGAUACAUGGAUUGAGAACUGUCAGCGCUGUCAGUGUCUGCAGGGAGAAGUGGACUGCUGGCCUUUGUCCUGCCCACCGGCUGACUGCGACUUCACGUCGGUGCCCGAGGGCGAAUGCUGCCCGCACUGCAUCUCAGACCCGUGCCAAGCACACAACAUUCGUAAUGACAUCACCAAGACCUGCGAGGACGAACACGGGAUCACGCGGUUCAGCGGCUCGUCCUGGAUCAAACACGGCACAGAGUGCACACUGUGCCAAUGCAAGAACGGACACAUCUGUUGCUCAGUGGAUCCCAUGUGUCUUUAGUCGUCCAGCUGGACACUAACAGUACCUGUACAGUCUCACACGACCACCCAACCACCACCAAACCCACAAAUCCUUCCAGAAUUUAUGCCAAAUAUGAAAUGUGUAUAAUAUCAGCCAGAUGACAAACAACCUCAUCGAUCUUAUCUGAUAGCAGAAGAGACCAUUACCGCACAAACAAGGACUAUCAACUCAUCUGAAACCCAAUAAAUCAAACCAACACAAGCUCGACACGCCGGCAUGAACACAUUGGAUGUUUAAAAGGAAAAACAUUCAUUUUUAUCUCUUUGAUCACUGAUAAAGAAUGUAGAAAUUUUAGCUCGUAAGUAAAUCUUAAUGUAUUUCUCAUUUGCCUGGUUAUGGAAGUUGAUGCUAUUUUGUGUUUCAAUGGCACUUUUUUCAAUUAGCUUUCUGUCUUUUUGUCUAGAUUUUAAACGAUUAUAUGGCUUGUUCUUGUCUCAUGGUGAAUAAAAUAUCUCCAUUUCCAUUUA